AUGGGCAACAUCUGCCUGAGGCUCUGGGAAUACUUGAAGCCCUGUCUCCCCUGUGUUGUCCAGGAGGCAGGCAAACAGGUGGACAAUGAGAACACAGGGGGCUCCUGCUCCUCUGGUACCCCCUGGCAUCAGGGCCACUACUUUGUGGCCCUGUUUGAUUACCAGGCUCGGACUGCAGAGGACCUGAGCUUCCACGCAGGCGACAAGCUCCAAGUCCUGGACAAUUCCCACGAGGGCUGGUGGUUUGCCAGGCACUUGGGGAAAAGGGGAGUCGGCCCCGGCCAGCAGCUGGAGGGCUAUAUUCCUUCUAACUACGUGGCUGAGGACAGAAGCCUACAGGCAGAGCCGUGGUUCUUUGGAGCAAUCAAGAGAGCAGAUGCAGAAAAACAGCUAUUAUAUUCAGAAAAUCAGACGGGUGCCUUUCUAAUCAGAGAAAGUGAAAGCGAUAAAGGAAAUUUCGCCCUUUCAGUUUUAGUUGACAGGGCUGUGAAGCACUACAAAAUCAGAAGACUGGAUGAAGGGGGCUUUUUCCUCACGCGGAAAAGAACCUUUACAACACUGAAUGAAUUUGUGGACUAUUACACCCAAACAAGUGGCGGCCUGUGCGUCAAGCUGGGAAAACCAUGCUUAAAGAUACAAAUCCCAGCUCCUUUUGAUUUGUCAUAUAAAACUGCGGAUCAGUGGGAGAUAGACCGCAACUCUGUACAACUUCUGAAGCGAUUAGGAUCUGGCCAGUUUGGCGAAGUGUGGGAAGGCCUAUGGAACAACACUACUCCAGUAGCAGUAAAAACGUUAAAGCCAGGUUCAAUGGAUCCAAAUGACUUCCUGAGGGAGGCACAGAUAAUGAAGAACCUAAGACAUCCAAAGCUUAUCCAGCUUUAUGCUGUUUGCACAUUAGAAGAUCCAAUUUAUAUUAUUACGGAGUUGAUGAGACAUGGAAGUCUGCAAGAAUAUCUCCAAAAUGAUGCUGGAUUAAAAAUCCAACUAACGCAACAGGUAGACAUGGCAGCGCAGGUUGCCUCUGGAAUGGCCUAUCUGGAGUCACAGAACUACAUCCAUCGAGAUCUGGCUGCCAGAAAUGUCCUUGUUGGCGAACAUAAUAUCUACAAAGUGGCAGAUUUUGGACUUGCAAGAGUUUUUAAGGUAGAUAAUGAAGACAUUUAUGAAUCUAGACACGAAAUAAAGCUGCCAGUGAAGUGGACUGCACCUGAAGCCAUUCGUGCUAAUAAAUUCAGCAUUAAGUCCGAUGUGUGGUCAUUUGGAAUCCUUCUUUAUGAAAUCAUCACUUAUGGCAAAAUACCUUAUAGUGGUAUGACAGGUGCUCAGGUAAUCCAGAUGUUGAGUCAAAACUAUAGACUACCUCAGCCAUCUAACUGUCCACAGCAAUUCUACAAUAUCAUGUUGGAGUGCUGGAAUGCAGAGCCUAAGGAACGCCCAAAAUUUGAGACAUUGUACUGGAAACUUGAAGGCUAUUUUGAAACAGAUUCUUUCUAUUCAGAUGCAGAUGACUUCAUAGGAUGA